GCCCUCACUGAGACACGGCGAGGCGACAACUUUUCUUUGUCUAUAAUGUGUCACUUUACGCGUUUGUCUUGUGUGGUCUCAUGUUGUGUCCACUUUCAGCCAGGGUGAAAGACUCCACGCUAACCUCAUCGGCAUCCAUACCUCAGCUUGCACGGGUCGUGCCUUCCUCGCCAAGAGAGAACGCGACUUCUUCGUGCUACGCUGGAAGGCAUAACUAGAGAUAUGGUUGCACAGACAGCGUUUCCUUCCUUAGAGAAACAACCUUCCGUCACAUGCGAUCAACACUAGACUGUCUUUCGCAUACUCCAUUCUCCUACUAUCACACGUCAUAACACCGAGAUACCAAGUCCAUCAUCCUGUCACCUUGUUUCCAUUUGCUCUAUAUUUCCUAGUCCACAUCGCCUCUCGUUACACCUCUAGCAUGAUCCUAGGACAAGCUCAACCAUCCUACCAUGACAAGACCUCCAUGCCUGCGCGUCCUCAUAAGGACUAUCGCUGCUCCGAUUGUCGAGAACGUGAUAUGGGAGCCAUCUCUGCCAAGUACUGCUUGACGACUUGUCCUCAUCAGCAUGAAUUCACCUCUACUCGUUCGUUGGCUCCCAUGUUGAUGCUGUCAAGUAACUAAGUCAUUACAGCAAACAGAUUUAGCAUUUUGGCAGAGCUGAACCAGUCGACCGCCGAGACGAGAUAGG